AUGGAGAAGUCUAGCAGCGAGGAGUCAGCCAUCCACCGCAGCCCUUCCAUAGACAGCCGAGACUCAGAUUUCCCGCAAGCCUCCACCUCCGGCCGCCCGAUCGGUGGCAGAGGCUUCACUGCCGGAGCUUUCUACGGCUCCACCGGGCCACGCAAAGAAUCCCAGCAGGCGCAAGCAGCAGCGAGUGCCGAAAACAGUGGAGCGGACAAAUCAAACAAUAAAUACAGCUCUCCUAAAGGAAGCAAGUACGUGGUCUUUUACCUGGAUCUAUCGUUUGUGUUCCUUCUAGAAUUCAAGAAGUGCAACAUGGCCAGAGGCAUCCUUUGCUGCUUGAAGUAUUUGAUGUUUGUCUUCAACCUCAUCUUCUGGGGUCCAUACCUGUCAAAGUCAGGCCUGUGGCUAUUCCUGUGUGUUGGAUCCAGUGGCGUUAGCCCCCUGAACGAGGACAGCACAUUGGGGUGA